GCCAGGCGCGGUCCAGCAGGGCUCCCGAGAGUGCCGCUCGGCCUUUGUGCGUCCCCACCGCCACCUGGGCCGCCAGGCAGGCAGGCGGCUCAGGAGCCUCACGUUGAGCCAGAUCUUUUUGGGCUGUGGUCAUCGUGGGACUCCGGCUGGGAACAAGAGGGACACAGAUGUGUGACUAGACAGGACUCUAGCUGUACCCUUGCGAGAACUUAGCAGUCAUCGUCCAAAGACCUGCUUUUAGUCCUGACCACCCUGCUAGACGGAUGCCCAGGAGCCAUGGGCGACUGGGGCUUCCUUGAGAAGCUGCUGGACCAGGUCCAGGAGCAUUCGACUGUGGUGGGCAAGGUCUGGCUGACGGUGCUCUUCAUCUUCCGGAUCCUCAUCCUGGGCCUGGCCGGUGAGUCUGUGUGGGGCGAUGAGCAGUCGGAUUUCCAGUGCAAUACAGCCCAGCCGGGCUGCACCAACGUCUGCUACGACCAGGCCUUCCCCAUCUCCCACGUCCGCUACUGGGUGCUGCAGUUCCUCUUUGUCAGCACCCCCACCCUGAUCUACCUGGGCCAUGUCAUUUACCUGUCGCGGCGGGAGGAGCGGCUGCGGCAGAAGGAGGGGGAGCUUCGGGCACUGCCACACAAGGACCCACAAGUGGAGCGGACGCUGGCAAAAAUCGAGCACCAGAUGGCCAAAAUCUCAGUGGCAGAAGAUGGCCGCAUGCGGAUCCGCGGCGCGCUGAUGGGCACCUAUGUGGCCAGCGUGAUCUGCAAGAGCGUGCUGGAGGCAGGCUUCCUGUAUGGCCAGUGGCACCUCUAUGGCUGGACCAUGGAGCCUGUGUUUGUGUGCCAUCGACGACCCUGCCCUCACCUCGUGGACUGCUUCGUCUCCCGCCCCACAGAAAAGACCAUCUUCAUCAUCUUCAUGCAGGUGGUUGGACUCAUUUCCCUGUUGCUCAACCUGCUGGAGCUGGUAUACUUGCUGUGCCGCUACCUUAUCCAGAGGAUAAGAGCCGGGCAGGGCCAGGAUGCCUCCCCACCCCAGGGCACCACCUCAGAGCCUUACGCUGACCACAUCUUCUACCUCCCCAUGGGAAAGGAGCCCUCAUCCGAGCCAUGCCCCACCUACAGUGGGCUGUCAUCCACUGAACAGAACUGGGCCAACCUGACUACGGAGGAGAGGCUGGCUUCUUCCGGGCCCCCCCUCUUCCUGGGCCUGUCCCCCCAGAGUAACCGGAAAUCCCCCAGUAACUCCAGCAGCUCUGCUUCCAAGAAGCAGUAUUUGUAGAGGCCUGGGACUUCUGUCACCCAGUAGUGACAGAAGUGGGGCCUGGGAAGUCUGGCUCGCUUGGCUGCCCCCUCCUUGAAGGCUCUGCAGAGAUGGCUAGGGCUGGGGGAAGUGGGUGCUUGCUGGUCAGAGAGCCUCACUGUAGGUUGUUCUUGAACAUCUGGGGCCUUCCUGGUGACCAGAGGACACCAUGGUUUCCCCUCCAGAACGUGGCUUUACCCCAGGCACAGACAGAGCCAGCUUGGGGUGGCUCUUGGCCAAAGGUGUUAUGGGCUCUCUGGUCUUUUUCACUUGGUUCAGAGGGACCUGGAGCCAAGUUAUUCCACCCCCUCCAUGCAGGUUGUCCUCACAGGAAAGGGCUGGUCAGGGCUGCUGGGUCAGCCUUGGUUACACACACAGCCUGUGCUGGAUCUGGCCCUGCCAAGGGGACUGGUGUCUUGUUCUCAUCACGCCUUCCUAGUUCUGCUGUUUAUACUUGUAAAAUAAAUAGGACUUGAUCACAAGCUAGGUGUGUAUAUUGAUGCUGUCGUGACGUGGUUCAGGGUGGGAGUUAGGGGGUACAACUGCUUUGCCAAGGUUUUCUUUGCUUUUCCAGCCUGCAUAAUCUGUCUUUGGCCUCUGUAACCCCAACUCCAGCUACCACCUAUAUCCUGCCUCUCAGCAGCCCUGAGUCCUAAACAUCCCACCUUUUGAAAUGCCUCAGGCACCAUCCUCUUCCCAUCCCCACUGCCCAGCCCCUUCAAUCUGCCCAUUAAUCAGCGGCCAAAGCAGUGUCUGUCCCCAUCUCCCCAUCCUGCCCCAUGGCCAUCCAGGUCCCCCCUGCAGUAUGCUUCCUUACUGGACACUCUGCUCCCGAGGCCUGCCUGCCAGCUGAGCCCUUCAUAGUCCAGCUCAAAUGGGCCCUGCACCCAUUCCACUUCAUCAUCUAUUUGCGAGGGCAGGUUUAGAUCAAUUGCCCCCUCCUCCCUUGGCCCUUUCUAGUCUGCCCCCCAGAAAGAGCAACUCAAAGGCCUAUAUCAUGUCUCCUCUCCCUGCACCUAAAACUCACUCGGUGAGAAGAGGCAAUGGCAGUACAAAGAGGUGGAAGGGAGUGUGGAAGAGCAGAAUCUUGCCUCUGAGUCACAAAGGUUGCAGGAAAACAAGAAACAAUUGCACUGGAUCUUGACCAGUGAAUAGGAGUUCACUGGGGAAGGGAAGACACUGAGUAUGUGGGCAGAGAAAACAGAUCGUGCAAAGAUGCAGGAGGGGAAAGGUCAGGGGGAAGAGUGGAGGUGCUUAGGGCCUGAGAAGCCUUCUAGGAAAUGGGAGGCAUAGCUGAGGAUGAGCCCAGUGUUGAUAGAGUUGAUAUUUGUGUGGAAGGUGACCCAGGUAGAGAGAGCACUCAGGUAGUGGCCCUUGGAGGCAAGCUGGUUGUCCUCCCCUACUCGGGGAGAUCUGGGGCGGGGGUUGGAAGAGGGAAUGGGGUCCACCUCACACGGCCACAUGCUUCUCUCUGAGAGCCUUCACAAUAGGUUGGCAACCUGUCCCCUCUCUCAUCAAGUUUCCAAAACACCAGCUCUGUACCCCUCACUGCAGACAGAACUCGCUCACUCACUACUUAGCCAUCAAGUGUGAAUGCUCAGCCUGAUAAGCUACCAGCUCUCUUACUCUUCCAGCUUUGGUCCCCAUUGUUCCCUCUGAAUCCCUGAGAUCUAAUAGACCAGCCUCCUGGGGGCUCCCCAAACUCACCCGGUAUGUCCCCACCCUGCUCUUUUGCCAACCUGGAAUGCCUCUUCCUCCACACUUCCCAACCCCACCAGUCCUUUAAACACUACUGUACCCUGGAAAAGGCAGAGCCUGAAUGCAGAAGAGUAAAAAGAGCUUUAAUGUCAAGGGGUCCUCAAUUUAAAUGCUGCCUUAAGACUGUACAAAGCCAUGCGGUCUUAAGUCAAUCAUUUCACUUCCCUGAGUGUCUGUUUUCUCAUCUUUAAAAUGCAGAUAACAUCGCCUGCCUCAUAAGUGACAAGAAAUAAA